CUACCUACACUCAUAUAAACCAACUGUGUUUGUUGCGAUUAAUCCAGUUGUGUUUUAUCAUAAAAGCAGACGGUACUAUUUAAACAAUGUCCGGGUUCGACAGGUGGAUCGGAAAAGUUGCUAUUGUAACUGGAGCUAGUUCAGGAAUUGGGGCUGACAUCGCAAAACAAUUAACUGAAAGGGGUCUAAAGGUUGCUGGCUUGGCAAGAAGGAGUGAGAGAGUUGAGGAACUUGCCAAAAGCCUUCACGCUGCACCUGGCAAACUGCACGCCAUCAAAUGCGACGUGUCCAACGAAGAAGACAUUCUGAGUGCCUUCAAAUGGGUUAGAGACAACUUGGGUCCCGUCAGCAUUUUGAUAAACAACGCCGGCAUCGUUCAAAACACCAACUUAAUAGAUGGUGACACACAAAAAUGGAAGAAAAUAAUGGAUGUCAACGUUAUCGGUGUCUUGAUUGGAGUCAGAGAAGCAGUGAAAAUUAUGAAGGAAGAAAACAUAGACGGCCACAUAAUUAAUAUUAACAGUGUCGCGGGUCAUUAUGAUUUGUACUCGCCUUUUAUUAAUGUGUAUCCAGCUUCGAAACAUGCCAUUACAAAUCUAACUGAAACGUUAAGGAAGGAAUUUAAUGCCAACAAUCUUAAAAUUAAAAUUACGAGUGUCAGCCCGGGUUACGUUAAUACCGACAUUAUGGUAAACAACGAUAUAUCGUUACCUGAUAUUCCGGAAAUUUAUAAAAAAGCAGCACUAGAAGCGGAGGAUAUUUCCGAAGCGAUAAUCUACGCCUUGUCGACAAAACCUCAUGUUCAAAUUCAUGAAAUAAUGGUCCGUCCAGUGGGAGAAGCUUUCUAAAGUUAUUUUUAUACAAUUUUGUGAAUUAAUAAAAUAUUGUAACAGAGA